AUGAUCUACCUUAAGUUGUUCAGUUGUGUUCGUGUGUAGAGACGGUCAGACAUUGCCUUUUCUAGCAAAUCAGUAGCUGCAUUGGUCUAGUCGAGCAUUUUCUUGGAGAAAUAAAACGUUGGUAUCCUUUUUAGACACUUGCAAGGAUGAGCUUCUCUAUCGAGUCGUUGCUGGGUAUAAAUAAAACUAUUAGUAAAAAAAUAGAAAAGAAGGAGAAGGAAGAUAUAUUUUCAACUCAUUUUAUUCCCGCAAAAUGUUUCUCGUGGAAACAAAUGGAGAAGUUUGUUGAAACUAAACAAGAAGAAUGGAAUCACGAGACGCCACGAAAAAGGAACGCUGACGAAAGAACGACAUAUCUUAAGGAAGCUAAAGUUCGAAAACAUUCAGACGACAUAGAUGUCGAAGACAACCACAGCGAAAACAACGACAGCGGCUCGUUGUCAGACGACGAUUCAACGUCACCGAACUCACCGACGACGCCGACAUCAAAGAGCCGUCGUAUAAGAACGGCAUUUACCUACGAACAAUUAGUAUCCCUUGAAAACAAAUUCCGUACCACAAGAUACUUAUCCGUUUGCGAACGUCUAAAUCUAGCUCUGAGUCUUGGCUUGUCGGAGACACAGGUAAAAAUAUGGUUUCAAAACCGAAGAACAAAGUGGAAGAAACAAAACCCAGGGCAGGAUGUAAAUGGUCCAAUACCUCAAGACAUUCAUUCUAAUCGAAUAAUACCGUCACCGACACAUAAUUUAUACACGUCAUUAAGCCGACAUUCGUCACUGGAUUCGUCGCUACCUCCUUAUAGACUGCCACCAACUUUGUUUGAUUUUAGUCACUUAGCAACAUCGUUCUCUCGGUUACCGGCAACACAUCCUUGCGGGUGUUUAUCAUCUCAUUGCAGGAGUAGUAGCUGCUCGUCUUAUUAAAAAAGAACUUACUCUUUUCUAGAAAUUUAUCAGAUUUUAUACAGUGUCAGGAUAUUCAAUUAUUUAUUAUAUAUUACUUACCACAAGACAUUCGGUUCUUCAAAUUUUUUGUUUAUUAUAAAUACAUUUAAUUCGAACAGAACUAAAAAAAUGUUAGCCAAAGCCGACGAAAUGGUUUUCAAAGUGUAGGGGCUGAUAUAAUAUCUAUCUAUCUGUCAUGGUCGGGGCUGUCUUAGAAAAGUUUUUUAAAUUAAGAACUUUAGAUUGCCUAUGUUGAUGUUUGAAUGGUGUUUGUGAACCUUUCUAACUUAUCUCUGAAAAAUUCAGAUUUUCCCCUCCACAAACCCAACAUUUCGUCGACCCAUUACCGUCUUAUUAGCUACAGAGCUAAAACUAGAUUUAAUUAUCACGUGACUACUAGCUUAAUCAAUAUAUUUCUUGUACAUAAUAUUUCGUAAUUUAUUUAUAAUUGUUUUGUUUCAACCAGUUUGUUUGUUUAUUUGUUGUAUUUAUAUCCUUCUAUUUAUUUACGUGGAUUUUAAUUUAUUUGUGUUGACAAAAUGUCGCAAACGUAUUUCAAUCUUUAUCUCCAACUGGUCUUUCAGCGACAGGAAUUUUUAAUUGAUAGAAUUUUGUUUAUCUAUUUGUAAAUAAUUAUGGUAGUAAAAAUAUAAAAUGAAUUCAAAUAA